AUGGCUUCAAAGGUGGCAUGGCAGGCGCCCGCUGGCAACAAGGGCUUUACCGACACCGGGAUAGUGAUCAUUGGCGGUGGUAUCUCUGGAAUGUGCAUGGCCAUCAGCUUGCUCAAGAACAACAUCCGCAACUUCGUGAUACUCGAGAAAAGCGCUGGACUGGGUGGAACAUGGAAGGACAACAAGUACCCUGGAUGCUGCUGCGAUGUCUUCUCCCAUCUCUACAGUUUCUCGUUUGCGCAGAACCCCGACUGGACCAGGUUAUAUCCUUCGCAGGAAGAGAUAUUGAACUAUUUGAACGAUGUCGGAGACAAGCAUGGUCUACACAGAUAUAUACGCUUCAGUUCGAUGGUGGAGGAGUGCCGGUGGAACGAAGACGAGAAGAAAUGGAAGACGACAGUACACGUUGAAGGCGCCAAAGACUCUGAGUUUGGUGAAAGAUACACCAUUUCGUCGGACUUCCUCCUCUCUGCUGUUGGCCAGCUAAACUACCCACACUAUCCAUCAAUUCCUGGCAUUGAUGACUUCAAGGGCAAGCUCAUGCACUCAGCACGCUGGGACUGGAGCUAUAGCAUCAAGGGCAAGAAGGUUGGCAUCAUUGGAAAUGGAGCUACGGCUGCCCAAAUUAUCCCAGAAAUUGCGCCAGAAGUAUCACAUCUUACUGUCUUCCAGCGCACUCCCAACUGGGUCGCACCUCGCUACGAUAUGUCGAUGACUCUGCCUAUAAGAUUCAUGUUCAGAUACAUACCCGGCGUCUUAUCCAAGUUCCGCGCAAUCAUAAUGGAUGUUCGUGAAAGCCUCUUUACUUCCAUCCUCAAGCCUGAAUCUCAGAUCAACGGCUACCUGAAGAAAAUCAAUGCGAACAUGAUGAAGCGACAACUCGCAAACAAGCCGGAGCUCUGGGAGAAAUUGACUCCAAACUAUCCCCCGGGCUGCAAACGUAUCAUCACCAGCGAUGACUACUACCCUGCUCUAGCCCGGGAGAACGUGAGCCUUGAGACAGGUCAUAUCGAUCGGAUAUCUGAGUCUGGGAUCGUGGUUGACGGCACUGAACAGCAGUUCGAUCUAAUAAUACUCGCCACCGGUUUCCGCACGGUCGAAUUCAUGCAUCCUAUAAAGGUAUAUGGUGAAAACGGGCGGUCGCUCUCUGAUAUCUGGAAAGGGGGUGCCCGCGGCUUGUACGGUAUCACUAUUGAGUCUCUGCCGAAUUUCGCUAUGCUGUACGGGCCCAAUACCAAUCUAGGCCACAGCUCCAUUAUCCUCAUGGUCGAGGCACAGACACGCUACAUUAUGAGCUUGCUGACUACCGUCCUUCGUUCCAAGAAACGUGGCAAGGCUCUCACAAUCACACCCAAGGUUGAUCGUAUCGAUGAAUUCAAUGAAUCUCUGCAAAAGGACCUGGCCAAAUCAUCCUUUGCUCAUCCAAACUGUACCAGCUGGUAUAAGAACGACGAAGGGCUGAUCACUAACAACUGGUCCAGCAACGUACUCGAUUACCAGAAACUCUUAUCGAGAGUGGACUGGACUGACUUUGAUAUGGAAGGAGAUGACUUUGUGAAAGGCAAGACAUACACUCGCAUUGGGCGUGUUCGGGAAGAGUCGCUCGUCGGAAUCCGGACUCUGUCUGCUGCAACUAUUGCAGCUGCCGUUAUUUAUACAGUGUUCCGACGGUCACCAGAUUUUUUCCCGGGACUACUUAGAUCCCUCAAUCUUUCUUGA